CUGCUUAUAUUUCUCGUGGUUGUUGCAUAUGGUCGGCGAGCCAAAUAUUGUUGCAUAUAUCAAUAUUGUUGCAUAUUGAUGCGCUACGCCGCCGUCGACAAGGUGUCGUAAGGGAGUAGCGUAGUAGGUACAAUGAAGAUUAAGAACAGCUUUUAAAAUUAGAUUAUGACUGACGGCGAUGUCUUAUUAGACAUCGCGGUGGACAUCGAGAGAAAAUAGAAAAGUCGUGUUUCUCUUGUGAUACUCGUACUCCCGCACCCUUUAUAAAGAGCUACACGGGAUUGCUCCCUGGUAUUGUGCUUUGAUCGAGCAUGGGCUCCCCUCCGAACGCAGCGUGCGCUGCCUGCAAGUUCCAGCGUCGGAAAUGCGCUGUGGACUGCUUGCUGGCGCCGUGGUUCCCUCCGGACCAGCACAGGCGCUUUGCCAACGCGCACAGGCUCUUCGGAGUGGCAAAAAUAUUGAGGUUGAUACGAGAGAAUCGGAGCUCCGUCCAGGAUCUGAUGAUGAGUGUCUGCUUCGAGUCUGACGCUCGGGAACGAGAUCCUGUCAGUGGAGAGUACGGGAUAUUACGACGUCUUCAGCGAGAGGCCGAGAGACUGGAGGAGAACAUAACGGCUUUGUCCGAGAAGCUCAGGAUACUGUUGGUAGAGGAUGCUGCUGCCAACCAUGUCAACAACGCACCUCAUUCCCAUUCUGCUUACAACGCCGUUCCUCCAGAGUAUUACGCACAUGCACGGCCUUCUCAGGUUGCAGAGACAACGCCAGCGCUGCAAGACAACUGUGGUUAUCAUAUGCAGCAACAGAAGCUGCAGCAUCAGCAGCCGCAUCAACAACAGCAACAUCUGCAUUACAUGCAGAUGCCCCAACAGCAGCAUCAACAACAGCAGCCGCAUCAAAAACAGCAACAACUGCAUUACAUGCAGAUGGCCCAGCAGCAGAUGCUUUCUCUAGAGUAUUUUGUUAAUUUCAACGCCGUCGGUGGUGGAGGCUUUCCUCCGGUGCAAGCAACACACGCGUCGACCUCUCAUCCACUUAUGCACUUCUAUCUGUGAGGUGCAGAAAUGCCUCUUCAUCGGGCCUCUUCUUCGUACACUGGAACAGCAGCGAGAAACUUUCUCUCCCUCACAAACAACUCUUACUCUUGCUUUUUUUUACUUCUGUUGUAAUUGCAGAUAAUACAGAAUCUGCAGCAUACGUAGUUCCUUUUUUCUCCACAGCAAUAGAUCUAUCGAGACGCACAUGGAGUGUCUUCCCAGGAUUUUUGUUUAGAUAGCCCAGACGCACAUGGAGUGUCUUCCCAAGAUUUUUGUUUAGAUAGCUCAGGUACAUAAUCGUUACUCCUCCACAGCAAUAGAUCUAUCCAGACGCACAUGGAGUGUCUUCCCAGGAUUUUUGUUUAGAUAGCUCAUGUACAUAAUCGGUACUCCUCCACAGCUAUAGAUCUAUCCACACGCGCAUGCAGUGUCUUCCCAGGAUUUUAUAUUUUAUGACAAACUAAUAAAUAACGUGGCUGAUUCAGUCGCCCGAC